CUUUUUUAGGCUCACAUGCAUGAGCAGGCGCGCACUUCGCUGUCAGAGCUGUCUUCAAAUCUGAGGGACAGAUGCAUAUUCAGUAAAAGAAAGCACCGUUCGCGCUCACCGGGUCAGAGGACCGAAGAUGCCGACACUUCAGAAAAAAGUAUCAAUGAAGAAAAUGGAGAAAUAUCAGAGGAGGAGCAAUCGCAAAACAAACAUAGCCGUCACAAAAAAAAGAAGCACAAACACCGAAGUAAACAUAAGAAACAUAAACAUUCUUCAGAAGAAGAUAAGGACAAAAAACACAAACACAAGCAUAAACACAAGAAACAUAAACGGAAAGAGGCUAUUGAUGCCUCUGACAAAGAAGGUAUAUCGCCAGCAGUAAAAAGAACUAAAAUUGAUGACUUAGCUUUGCUAGAAGAUUUAGAGAAACAAAGAGCUCUAAUCAAAGCUGAGCUUGAUAAUGAAUUAAUGGAAGGCAAGGUCCAAUCUGGGAUGGGACUGAUUUUACAGGGUUACGAAUCAGGUUCAGAAGAGGAGGGAGAAAUCCACGAAAAGGCAAGAAAUGGAAAUAGACCCACCACUAGGUCAUCAAACGUUAAGGGGAAACUUGAACUUGUGGACAAUAAAACGGGCUCCAAAAAACGAAGUAAAAGUAGGUCAAAAGAACGGACUAGACACAGAUCUGAUAAAAAGAAAAGUAAGGGCAGUGUGGAAGGAAUCAAAGAAAAAACUACGCGAAGUAAGUCUAAGGAAAGGAAAAAGUCAAAAAGUCCAUCCAAAAGAAGCAAGUCUCUAGAUCAGACGAGUAAAUCCAAAUCUCCUCUACUUAAAAGGCGAUCGCAAGAGAAAAUUGGAAAAGCCAAAUCUCCCAUGGAAGAAAAACUUAAAACAGAAGACAAAGCAAAGUCAAAAGAUCGCAAAAAAUCCCCAGUUGUAAACGAAAGCAAGACUCGAGAUCGUGGCAAAAAAUCCAAAUCCCCAACAGAAUUAAGAAGCAAAUCCAAAGAUAGGCGGUCACGAUCCAAAGACCGAAAAUCCAAGAGGUCUGAGACGGAGAAGGAAAAGAAGCCGCUGAAAUCGCCCUCUAAGGAUGCCUCUUCGGGGAAGGAAAACCGGUCCCCUAGUAGAAGGCCAGGUCGCAGUCCUAAAGGAAGAAGUUCAUCGCCGAAACAGCGUGACAAAUUGAGACGAAGCCGGUCCCCUCUCUUAAACGAUCGCAGGUCGAAACAGAGCAAAUCGCCUUCUCGAACCCAGUCUCCCGGAAGAAGAGUCAGGAGUCGCUCGUUAGAAAGAAAACGCCGAGAACCAGAGAGGAAGCGCCUUUCUUCCCCAAGAACUCGACCGAGAGAGGAUAUCCUCAGUAGACGAGAAAGAUCAAAAGAUGUCAGCCCAAUCAGUAGAUGGUCUCCAACCAGAAGAAGAGUCAGUAGAUCGCCCAUCCGAAGACGAUCUCGAUCCCCACUCAGGCGCAGCAGGUCUCCAAGAAGGAGAAGCAGAUCUCCUCGGCGAAGGGACAGAAGUCGUAGGAGUAGAUCUCGUCUGAGGAGGAGGUCUCGCUCACGGGGCGGGCGAAGACGAAGAAGUAGAAGCAAAGUAAAAGAAGACAAAUUUAAAGGAAGCCUUUCUGAGGGAAUGAAAGCGGAGCAAGAAUCUUCAUCUGAUGAGAACCUUGAAGACUUCGAUGUGGAGGAAGAAGAUGAGGAGGCUGUAAUAGAGCAAAGAAGAAUGCAGAGGCAAGCAAUUGUACAGAAAUAUAAAUACCUUGCUGAGGAUAGCAAUCUGUCUAUGCCGUCUGAGCCAAGCAGCCCACAGAGCAGCACCCGAACACGUUCACCCUCCCCAGACGACAUUCUGGAACGUGUAGCUGCUGAUGUUAAAGAAUACGAACGGGAGAACGUCGACACCUUUGAGGACUCUGUAAAAGCCAAGCACAAUCUCAUGACCGUCGAACAGAACAAUGGUUCGGCUCAGAAGAAACUCUUGGCUCCUGACAUGUUCACAGAAUCUGACGACAUGUUUGCUGCGUACUUUGACAGUGCUCGACUUCGGGCGGCUGGCAUUGGAAAGGAUUUCAAAGAGAAUCCUAACCUUAGGGAUAAUUGGACUGAUGCAGAAGGCUACUAUCGUGUGAACAUCGGCGAAGUCCUCGAUAAGCGUUACAACGUCUAUGGUUACACCGGGCAGGGCGUCUUCAGUAACGUAGUGCGAGCCAGAGAUAUGGCGAGAGCCAAUCAAGAAGUCGCAGUAAAAAUCAUCAGAAAUAAUGAGCUAAUGCAGAAAACUGGUUUGAAAGAACUGGAGUUUUUGAAAAAGCUUAAUGACGCCGACCCUGACGAUAAGUUUCAUUGCCUGCGUCUCUUCCGUCACUUUUACCACAAGCAGCAUCUCUGUCUUGUAUUUGAGCCUCUCAGCAUGAAUUUACGAGAGGUACUGAAGAAGUAUGGUAAGGAUGUUGGGCUCCACAUAAAAGCCGUACGGUCCUACAGUCAGCAGUUAUUCCUGGCAUUGAAACUCCUUAAAAGAUGCAACAUCCUUCAUGCCGAUAUCAAACCGGACAACAUCUUGGUGAAUGAAUCAAAAACCAUUUUAAAGCUCUGUGAUUUUGGGUCGGCCUCACAUGUUGCAGAUAAUGACAUUACUCCAUAUCUCGUCAGUAGAUUUUAUCGUGCUCCUGAAAUAAUUAUAGGUAAAAGCUAUGACUAUGGUAUAGAUAUGUGGUCUGUAGGCUGCACCCUUUAUGAACUUUAUACUGGAAAAAUACUAUUUCCUGGCAAAACAAAUAAUCAUAUGUUGAAACUUGCCAUGGACCUGAAGGGGAAAAUGCCGAAUAAGAUGAUACGUAAAGGGGUGUUCAAAGAUCAGCAUUUUGAUCAAAAUCUCAACUUCAUGUAUAUAGAAGUAGAUAAAGUGACAGAAAGGGAGAAAGUGACUGUCAUGAGCACCAUUAAUCCAACCAAGGACCUGUUGGCUGACCUGAUCGGGUGCCAGCGGCUCCCCGAAGACCAGCGUAAAAAAGUACACCAGCUCAAGGACUUGUUGGACCAGAUCCUAAUGUUGGACCCGGCUAAACGGAUCAGCAUCAACCAGGCUCUGCAGCAUGCCUUCAUCCAGGAAAAAAUUUAAAUGAGAUGAAGAAGCUCCAAGGGUUUGAGUAAAUUAAAGUUCAAAGACUGAAGCGAUGAUGUCCCAGCCGUUUAUUAAUGUAUAUAAACCUAUAAAUAUUUUUUCCCUGCCAAUUGAGGAAGCAUGAUCUAGUCGAAUUAACCCGCAGGCUGACAUUUCUUUUCGAAAUGUCAGUCGCUCCGUUUGUGUCUCUGUGUGAGAGUUUCCCUGUAGAACUGUUUUAAUUGCCAAGACCGCACAAAGUGCAAUGCUACCGUGUAUGGUCGCAGUUCCCAUGAAAACCAAGGCUCUGUGAUGCAAAGAACAGUAAUACCGGGUGGUUGAUUUGUUUUGAGCCGACACGGCUUCAGUUUGGUCUCUGAGAAAAUGGCCAGCAUAAAUGCUGUUUAUAUUCACAUUUUCCUAGGUGUGUGUGUGCGCGCAGGCCACAGCAGCGUGCCCUUGGUGUAGUCAGUGCCGAAGGGGGCCUGUUCCUUCUUGCUCUGCCCGCAGGGAUGGUCUCCUUUUAAAGCAGGUUGUGUACAACUUUCAGUACACUGAAGGUAAGCUAAACCAUCCACAUCACUGAUGUUUUAAGAUGUUAUUUUACCGGAACAGCUGGCACAAUGAGGGACGGUAGUUUGGCGGCAGAACUCCCUGCAUGUCGGAUAGCUGAAUCCUCUGUUUUAUUAUCUUUCUUUUUUUUCCCCUUCCCCCCCCCCCCCCCCCGCGCCCCCACCUUUUCUUUCAUUUUUCUGUUUUUUUAUUCUUUGCCAUUGCAACUGUGGCGUGGUUACAACCUCGGUUCUUGUUAAUCAUGUUUAAGAUUGGGGAGAGGGCACACUUGGUGGAUCUAGAGCACCUUCAGUGUACUGUUUCUUCUUACUUUAAAUUUUUUUAAAUCGACCGGCUAUAUAGACUUUGGAUACGUUUUGUUACCUCCGGUUCCCAACUAAUACGUAAAUGCUUACGGGAUUUUCAUUUACUAAUUACGAAUGUCAGGACCUCCUCCUUCUGAAAGUCCUCCUGUCUAAAAAGUUAGCUAGACGACAUUAAGUUUUUAACUCUUUGUAUGUCAUUUUGAAAAUGUACUGCUUUACGGAAAGAGUGUUUUCAUUUGUUCAUUGUUUUCAUUAUUUGUGAUCAUGUUGUCUUUCAAUACAGGCAUAAACCUUCCACUCUUGAACAAAGCAGCUGCUUUUUAAAAGCGGUAAUUGCUUCUUUACCUUUUAUUUCUUUUGUAAAUGAAGCUUUUUCUUUAAUAAGAAAUGUGACUUGAAAGUGUUGUCUAUUGCAUAAAACAGUUGACACUCACUUAUUGUAAAGUGAAGAUUGUUCUGCUGCAUGUAAAGUGGACCAUGCAGAUUUCUGUAUGUUUUCAGUAUGCAUCAUUAGAUAAUAAAGUCUUUUGUGAACAAGGCAUUUGUAGCCAUCUUUAAAAGUUUUUGUCUUCAGUGCUGGUAAGUCAGGUAAUCCAAUAAAGGGUUGAAAGCAACCUUUCACUUUUUUUUUCUCUGAGAUAUCCUUUAGCUAAACGGAUUAUUAAGGAUGUAAAUGAUGCCACAGAUUGAUGUCAGGCUAUGUUAAUUUAGAUGACCUCCCCCUCCUUCCCCCCAGAUAUUUCAUCGUAAAGCCCUACAGCUACUGUCUGCUUUCGUUGUAGUGCAGUUAUUCCUAUAGGUUAUGUAGAAGUGAAUUCAGAGUUUAACUAAUGUUUGUGCUGUUCUCUCACUUUUCCUUUUGAUGGUGCUGAAAGAGAAAAAGGAAAGCUGGGCACAGGCCACUCACCGCCUUCUCCUGGGGGUCUGAUUGCUGAGACACCACCUUCACCUUCCUCACAAGGUUAUUUCUGACAGCAUGUGUAGAUAAACAAGUUAAAACGAUCAUUUGAAUUGGUUUGAUUUUUUUGCAACAUGAGGAAACCGGAAAUGUUCAUUUCUGCGUUCGUAUAGUAACAUAAAGGAUGAGAGCCAAAGGUCGCAGUCAUUUUGCUUCUGCCGGGCAGUACAAUGAAACAUUAUUUGUUUGGCCCGGCAGGUAUAUCGAAUCUCUCACUUUUUUUUUUAAAUAUUUUUUUUUUUUUAAAAGGCUGUGUUUUUCUGGUUUAGAGAGACUUAAAAUAGUCAAUGGGAUUUUUUUCCGUUCGUCUAGGCACAUAAUUGCAACAAGCAUGCACACUUGAUGCAGUCAUGGAUGGAAAAUGAGAAUAGCAGGCAUUUUGCUGAUGGGGAGGGCCCUAUCAAGGAGAUGAAAUGAAUAAACCGCAAACAGGCAGGGCACGGGCGAUGUUUUAACAUCCCUUCAACCUGUCUCCUAAGGAUUUUUCUCUUUUAAACAAUAUGAAUACAUUACUUCCAAGUAAUACCUCUAUUACGUAGAGCCAACAGGAAUGCAGCUUGUAUACUCUCAAAAAGCGAGUAAUAGUUCAUAAACUUCCCCUCUGGAGUUUGCCGCACGUUGACACUAGCAUACCUCAGUUUUAGGGGCUGGGUUUUGGUUUCGGGGGGAUUUUCUUCAGAUUUAGUAAUUACUGCUUCUGCUAGUUUGUGGCGCCAUUUUUUACAUCAUGAUAUAAGAAUACUGUAAUGCAGUAACAUCCACUUCACUAGAACGAUUCAUCUAAUGCCUACAGAGCUUUGUAAACUGUUUUAAAAUGGCAUAAAGUUGCUCGUUUACUUGUUCUUUGUGUUGUAGGUGCAGCUGAAAAGAAGAUGAUGACCUCCAGAAGACAUAAGCUCAGGUUUCUACUCUAUAAAAGAUAUGAAAUAGUCAUUUAGUUAAGUCUAAUCUCUUGGUCUACAGCACUUAGAUUUUAGAUCUCGUUGAUGUGUUGGUAAUAUCGAUGACACGUGAGAAUACUGUCACCGUGGUAGUCAUGUGUUAUGGUUAUGGAGUUUCUGCUUUCAGUAAAUUGUAGCAGGAGGGCGUUCUUGGUGAUUUUUUGGUUAAAGAAGUUUUUUUUUUCCUUUUAAAAUGGAAACGGGCCAUUCGGGGGCUUAAAGAGUACACUAGAAGGAAUUCGGGAGCGGUCAGCCGUGUCAGAGCGGAUAAGGAAACGGCGCCCACCAAAACCAACGCGAAUAGCCUUGAAUUUAAAUUCUCCUUUGGCUCAGUGUUGUUUGAGGGAAUGGCGGCUGGCAGAACUACCGUGUCCAGUCAACGCUCCCUCCUCCAAUUGGCCUUUUUCGCCAUAUUCUUCGACACCGCCCCUUCGAGGUCGUGCCUCGUCGGCAUCUUCACGCUGUCCGAAGCUUGAAGAGCGCCACCUGUUUUCGUUCCUCUACCGCCGCCCGGACGAGGGCCCUACAGGACCCCGGCCAAGAGAGGGUGUUGUCACCGAGUGACUGGGAAGCAGAGGUGUGCGUAUCUGGCACGGCGCUCUUGGCUUCGUGAGGGCGGGCCCCUCUUUAAGCCCGCGCCAGUCUGGUCGAUCCCCUUUGCCUCUUCUCUGCACCUUCCUCCCCCUCCGCCCGUCUCCAAGAUGACCUCUCACAGUGCCACACCGUCUCAACGGCCCUGAGAUAAAAAUGAUAAAGGAAGCGUAGAGAAUUCUCCAAGCCUGCAACAUUUUGGCAGUACUGACUUGGGGCAGUUCGUGGCAGAGGAGGGUGGGAGAUCUGGCGUUGGACUUGACUUAGGCCAGUUUGCUCUCCGGAGCCUUUUCCCCCCUACAAUUACUAUGACUUCAUACCCAGAACACUGACUUAGCGGUUCAGUUGCUUUGUAGAUGCUGAAGAAGCUAUCUUCGGAAUAAAACAAAGCAACUGACUACGAGAUCUAAUUUAGAACAGCAGUGAAGGCUCUCCGGGUGAAAAAUGUUAAGCGCGAGGCGCCCGAGAUGUUCACCUCACUCCUCCACGGUCCACGGGGUUCUUGUUCGUAAACAGGAAUGUUAUAUGUAAAAGUGGAGAUGCGUUUUUAUGAGAGUUGAGCCCGCGAUAUGUAAAUUCUACCGUCCGGAUGAUACACGUGCACACGCAACCGGCCAGAGUCCCGAAUUUCACACCUGGCUGUUCUCUGAGUGAAAUGUAUUUUUCCUUAGUAAUUUGUUUCCUGGAAAUCGUAGCUAAAAGUUCGUUCACGUGUUUGUAUGUCAUGCCGUAACGUGCUGAAUGAGUGACCUUUUUUUUUUUUUUUUUUUUUUUGCAAGCAUCUUUGCGAUCACUCUGUUCGACUUUGUCGCUAUGUUAUCUUUAGAUUUCUCCAUCUUUUUCCCUUACCCCAGGGUAAGUGUCUGCUCCUGAAGGACUUUUCACAUUUUUUGAUCGACAUGGGAGCCUGAUGUAUCUGAGAAUACAGAAGACAUAACUUGAGCUCUUUCGUGGCAUCCGUAAAUUGUAAGGUGUAGAAGAAGUCCCUGCGUGGUUAAAGGAUCUCUUAAUAAAAUCUUUCUUGUACCCA